GCUAAAUUGCGCACAUCUCUGUUCUUUUCCAGAUGCAUAAAUGUGAUGGUCUUCUCGCUAAUUGAGUCUCGAAAAUGGUUUACAGUCAAUGGAAGGCAAAGAUUGUGCCAUCCAUUGCCAUCUCUGGGAGUAGGACAUAUGUGGGUUCAAAUUAUGUUCAAAACCAGUGGAGGGAGGAGACCUAAGAAGAAAAUGUACUAUAGAGUAAAUGAUCUAGACAGAGUCAUGGAGCUUCAGAAGAAACCAUCAUUGAUUUUACGCUUAAAAUCCAUAAUUCAAUCACAGAGAAAACAAUGCGUCCUUCUUAGAGACCUUGAGAAAGAAGUUGGAUUUGUGCAAAAGUGGAAUUUCAUGGGUAUUAUUGAGAAAUAUCCUACGAUAUUCCGUGUCACCGGUGGUAAUGGAACUCCACCGAUGGUUAUGCUGACUGAAAAGGCUGAUAAAAUAGCACUAGAAGAAGAUGAAGCAAGAGCGCAAAUGGAACCUAUUUUGGUCAAGAAUCUAAGGAAGUUGUUAAUGUUGUCGGUUGAUUGCACAUUGCCACUGGAAACCAUUCAACUGAUUGAGAAUGAUUUGGGCUUGCCUAAUGACUUCAGGCAGUCGCUGAUUCCAAAAUACCCACAAUUUUUCUCAGUGAAAGACGUGAAUGGAAGAACUUCCCUUCAGUUGGAAAAUUGGGAUUCUUUUCUAGCUGUCACUGCCCGGGAGGAAAGGUUGGCGUGUGAAGGGGUCCUGACUUCAAAAGAGAAGGUUAGAGUAUUGAAAGAUGGAAACUAUUUCGGUCCCUUCGCGUUUCAAAUGCAUUAUCCUGCAGGAUUUAGGCCGAAUAUGAACUACCUUAAGGAAGUUCAGAAAUGGCAGAAGAUGGAGUUCCCUUCUCCAUACUUGAAUGCUAAAAGAUUUGAACUUGCUGAUCCCAAAGCUCAAAAGAGAGUAGUCGCAGUGCUUCACGAGCUCCUCAGUUUGACUAUGGAAAAGAGGUUGACAUCUGCUCAAAUAGAUGCAUUUCAUUCCGAGUUACGGUUACCAGCUAGACUUUUGCUUUGCUUAAUCAAACAACACAGUAUAUUCUACAUCACUAAUAAAGGUGUUAGGAGUACCGUGAUACUUAAAGAGGCUUAUGAUGGGUCUAAUUUGAUCUGUAAAUGCCCUCUGUUAUUAUUUAGGGAUAAGUUUAUAGCACUUACAGGAAGAAGAGAGAUUGAUUCAUGUAUCAGUGCUCCAACAUAGUUAAUUUAAUGAGAACAGUGGUUGACACUGUA